AUGGACUAUUCAAGUUUAUCCCAGGAUUCAGACCAUCAUUCUGGCGCAUCACCAUGGGGCUCUUCCUCACCACGAGCUGACAGAAGCUUCCCUUCGUCAGUUGGAGAGGUGCCGCCGUCCCCAUUUCCGUCGCAGCACGACUCCCCAUACACAGACACAGCCGGAGAUCUGCGGCCUGCUUCCGCUAGUGAUUCUAACUCCCCCGGUUUGGUGGAGCGAUUCCAUGGGACGCAGAUAAACGAGACAGAUAAUGCCGAGGGAGGAUCAGGGUGGGCGCACUCGCAAGCCUCACAGCACCAACCUCCUCCCCGAGCCCAGGCUCCCGCAAGAUACCAAACUGGGGCAAGACAUCAUGCACGACAACCUGCCCCCCAGUACAAGUUACAGGCUAAAAUUACCGCUCUAGAAAGAACUGGGAAAAAAGAUCCGAUUCUGCGCUUUGAUGUACACACCAAUAUACCGAAGUUUAGAACAACUCAAUUUCGGGACGUACGACGUACACAUUCGGAAUUUUGUAAAUUGGCGGACCACUUGAUAUCAUCCAACCCCGAAGCAAUCGUUCCUGCUGUACCCCCACCUUUGACACCUGCUGGUGCUGGGACCGAUGAAGAUGAGAUCCGUAUCAAAACAUCUAUGCAGAGAUGGCUCAACUACGUUUGCAGUAAUGAAGUUCUUAUGCAUGAUGAUGAAAUAAUCCUUUUUGUUGAAAGCGAUUUCGGGUACAGCCCGGUCGUGAGAAUGAGGCAGCCUGCCACUGGUGUCCGAAGAAAGUAUUUGAAGCAGUUUGCACCACCGCCAGAUGAUACCCCAGAACUACUAGAUGCGCGGCCGGUGGUUAAGCGGUUUUACCUUGGAACAAUGGAUGCAGGACAAAAGGUCGACCGCGUUGUGAAAGCGCGGAGAGGCCUUGCUCUUGCCGAAUCCGAUCUCGGUGUUAAACUGGGGCAAAUGAAUGUUCAGGAAACACACCCCGGGUUGGCAAAUGCCUACCGGAAACUCGGCAAGGUUAUUCAAACCGUGGGUGAUUACCACGCGGCACAGGGCACAGCAGAGGCAACAACAUUCGGAGACCCUCUGAAUUACCAUUCAUCCGAUGCACUUAUUGUCAAAGAAACCUUAACAAAUCGGCAUAUUCUUUUGCGAGAACUGAUCCAAGCACAGCAAGCGACAAGAAGCAAGCGUGCUGCUGCUGAUAGACUAAAGUCUAGUUCAUCUGUGCGGGGAGAGAAGGUCGACGAAGCUAUCGCGGCUAUGGAAGAGGCGAUACAACAUGAGAAUUAUUUAACGGAAAAGACACAGCGAGUUACGAAUAAUUUGCUGCAGGAAAAGCGACGAUGGUUCAACCGCACUGCUGAUGAUGUUCUUCUUAGUAUUAAAGAAUAUACAAUUCGCCAAAUCGAAUUUGAACGCCGAACCCUGAGUACACUUGAGAGUGUGCGUGCCGAUAUUCGAGCGAUUGAUUCCUCCGGUGGGCUUAGUCGUUUGGGCCGCGAAUCACACCCCGCAGCCCGUCGCGCUAGCCUUGCUUCAAGUCAAGGCCCAAAAGGUGAUGCCUGGAGUGGCGUUCCUAGGCGCGGUGACAGCUUGAGCAGGAGUAUUAGUGGGAGCCUUAUUCCGUCUUUACCGGAAGACGACGAGGAGUCAGCUGGGGAUUCGCGAAAGGGAAAUACGAGAUCACGAAGCGGGACUAUGGAAGAUGAUGAGGAUCGAGUGGAUGCGAAGAAUGCAGCCAGUCGUUUAGCAACUAGCACUUUCUGA